AUGCCAGCCCCGAGUAGAGCUCGUGUUUAUUCUGAUGUCAAUAAUUCAAGGCCAAGAGAAUAUUGGGACUAUGAGGCACAUGUAGUAGAAUGGGGUCAACAGAGUGACUAUCAGAUAGUGACAAAGAUAGGACGAGGCAAAUACAGUGAAGUUUUUGAAGCUAUGAAUGUCGUCACUAACGAAAAAUGUGUCAUAAAAAUAUUAAAACCUGUCAAGAAGAGUAAAAUAAAGCGAGAAAUAAAAAUACUGGAAAAUAUAAGAAAUGGGACCAACAUUAUCAAUCUGUUAGCUGUUGUCAAGGAUCCCAUUUCUAGAACACCAGCACUGAUUUUUGAAUACAUUAACAAUACAGAUUUCAAGCAGCUCUACCAAACCUUCUCAGAUUUUGAUGUGCGCUACUAUACGUUGGAAACUAUAAAGGCAUUAGACUUUUGCCACAGUAUGGGAAUUAUGCACAGAGAUGUCAAACCACACAAUAUCAUGAUUGAUCAUGAAAAUAGAAAGUUAAGAUUGAUUGAUUGGGGCUUAGCAGAGUUCUAUCAUCCAGGACAAGAAUACAAUGUCAGAGUGGCCUCCAGAUACUUUAAGGGACCAGAAUUGUUGCUUGAUUAUCAGAUGUAUGAUUACUCCUUAGACAUGUGGAGUCUUGGUUGCAUGUUUGCUAGUAUGAUCUUCAAAAAAGAACCAUUUUUUCAUGGGCAUGAUAACUAUGAUCAGCUGGUCCGCAUAUCAAAAGUUUUGGGCACAGAUGAAUUAUUUGAAUACAUAGAUAAAUAUCAAAUUGUCUUGGAUCCAAGAUUCAACAACAUACUAGGAAGACAUUCUCGUAAGAGAUUAGAAAGAUUCGUGAACAGUGAAAAUCAACAUCUUGUCAGCCAAGAAGCGUUAGAUUUUCUUGAUAAGUUGCUCAGAUAUGAUCACCAACAGCGACUAACGGCUCAAGAAGCUAUGAAACACCCAUAUUUCUGUAUGUAUGUUGUGGAAUUGUAUAGUGAAUAA